UCAUUAUUAAUGUAUUUUUCUGCACCUAUAGAGAACUAUAUAGAUCUACAGAAUGGAAGGGGUUAAGCGACUCGAUCACAAAGUUCAGUUUCACGGCGAGCGUGACGCAGCUGCCGCCAUCAAAUAUGACAUCAUCGACGUCAUACGCAAGAUCCCAGUGUCGUCCAACACGUUCCACCUGGGAGACUACGGCGUGGCGGAUGUGUCGAUAUCGAUGGACGUUGUACGGGCUAUCAUAGAAAAAAUCCGCUGCCUCCAUGGUCGUGACCUUGAGAUCAGUGUCCUGUAUGAAGAUACCUAUAAGAAUGACUUCAACUCGCUCUUCCACAAACUGCAUGGUCCCGUGUGUGAACCCCCCAGCUACAUUGGCAGUGACGCUCGCCUCUUCACAUCAGCAUGCGCCACCAACUUCUACAAGCAGUGCGUGCCAUCCCAUUCCAUGGACAUGAUUUUGUGUUUCAUAGCACUGCACUGGCUCUCCAGUCCUGUUGACCUCAAUGGCUACGUGACCUCUAACCUAUUUCUGAACACAAUGGCCAGGGACGCUGCCAUGAAAAUCGCAGCUGAUGAUUGGAUGACCUUCCUUCACUGCAGGGCGAGGGAACUGAAGCAAGGCGGCCAUCUUGUCUGCUCCAUCCCAAUUCACGACCCUGAGCUCCUCAACGGUAAUGGCGUCUCUUCCGGUGAUGGCCUCUUCACAACCUUCAACAUAAUGCUCCGGAAGUACUGGAAACAAGGGAAGAUAUCCGAGGUGGAAAUGAAGAAAGCUGUUUUGAAGGAAUACUUCCGGACAGUUAAAGAAAUCAGACAACCUUUUGACGACCUGGCGUCGCCUAUCAUAACAUCUGGAUUAAAACUGUCGCGGCUGCAAGUGAAGCAGAUUGAAUGUCAACACAAGACCGCAUGGAGGAACAGCCUCGUCAAAGAUGGAAUCGAUGACCGUGAACGGUUUGCCCAUGAAAUCGGAGAGAUGAUCCGUGCAUGGACACACGGCACCAUGGAGUCCGCCCUGACAACGACCAGAAGAGCUGCCGAGAAAGACGACCUCCUUGACGACUUCUACUCUGACCUGAAACACCAUCUACUUGACUACAACCCCGACACAUUCAACAGCGAAUACCUACUAGCGUAUGUGUUUAUUGAGAAAGCAUGAGCCCCAACCAUCGGUACUUCUAUAUUCUAUACUUUUGAUAUGAAACAUGCAGUCUUUUUUCUAUUUCACUACCUCAAGUCCACUGAAGCUGAUGUUUCAGAACCUUCACAUCAUGAUUUGCAUAGAAUGAAUCUGUGGUAAAUGUCUCAUUACGUGGAAGUAUUACUCAUAUCACAUCGUGUGUAAUGGUAUGUGUUAUAACGUUGUACAUAUCCGUUCAUUAGACUCAUUGCAUAGUUACAUUGUGUAAAUAUAUUACAUGCAUAUCAACAAUAAAAAUGAA